AUGGCUCACACUAUACCAUUUUGUGUGGUUCUUGCACCCCCAGGAGUUCCAGGGGCAGAGCCUGGCAUCUACAAUAACAAGCUUGUAUGGAUUGUCAAUGGAGUUAACGGACCAAAGUGGCCGGUCGCUGUCUAUUGUCAGCGUCACGAUCAGGCAAUGGCGUUGAACAGUUGUUUAAACCCGUUCAUAGCAUUGCAUGGAACAGAAGACCCGGCAUCAUUUCGUUCCUCUCUGCGAGGUUGGGAAGACUGGCCUGGUAUUACUGCCCUCUUCGAUCAGAAUGGGACAACCUUUUGGUCUGUAAUCUUUGGAGCCAGAUCGGGAAUCUUUUAUCAAGAGUUACCUCGUCCUCACAUCGCCCCACCCCGUCCCCACCUCAAUCAGCUGUCGGUCCCCAGUCCUGAUGUUCCCUCGCCAGGAAUUUUGGGAGGAUCGUUGUCGCAGAAGCAGAAGCAGAGGCAGUCCAAUGCCGACAUCUCACACUCGAAGAUGCCCACCAGCCACGGAAGCCCAUCGAAAAGUUCUCACCUGACUUCCACUGUCCAUGUCACCAACAGCAGCAACAACGAAGUAUUUUCUACUACAAGUUGGUAUCGCACUUUUCACCUUGGGGAUGGCAAUUGA